GGAGACGUCACUGUCCAUUCCGUCCGUCACAUAAUUGGGUGCUAGGAAGCAUGUAAGUCUCACUAUUGUAGUUCAUUGACCUCUGCAGCGCUCUCGACUCCGGACACAACGGACCUCACCUAAAGAAUUCUACCUCCACAGGACCGGUCCAUAGCGCAACUAUUUUUGGCUAAUAAUGUUUUGUUUAUUGUUAUUGUUUUUGCUCCAUUUCAAGUAGCUGUCUUGUAUUCUGAACAAAAAUGGUCGCAAGACAAGACGGACAAUCAGCCAAUAUAGCGGUCGGUUUGCUUAAGCAUAUUAAUAUACAUUGUUUGCUUAAGCCAGGUAUGCCUGUGAAGCAGUCUAGCUAACGACACAAUAUUCUAAAAAAAUGUAAACAAAUUUUUACGCAUGGUGUCGUGUUUUAGCGCGACGCGUCUCCUUCUCUGCAGAAAGAUGUAUAUAAUAAAGAUCUUGCGUCUAGUUCUUUAAAAAGACCGUAUAGAGACCGGGGUAGAGCGCACUUUGAUCUGAGCUGCGGUUCGGCUGGGAAGGAGAGAUACCCUCACCUAGAAGUGAGCAUGCAAGUGAGUGGACAAGGGCCGUGAGAAAACGCACUUUACAUUGAAGGACGCGUCGACUUCUGACUCGUCUGAUUGAACACGAGCAGAACUUUAGACCAUUCUGGUGAUCUGUUAUUUGCGUGAUUUCCUCGGAUUCCUUCGUUUUAUAUCUCAACCCACGCUGCACAGCUAAUUCCAACACGUUGACGACAUCAAUGUACCAGCCCAACGGAAGACAAAACGAGGUAUUUUGCUACCACGAUUUCACAAAGGAUGGAAACUCCAUGGACUGAAACUCUUUUGCGCGCCGCUGACAUCUGAAGGGGGAAAAAUCAUGGGGGGAAGGAGAGGAUGCAGCGCAUGGUGACAGGAUUCGGAUCUUCAGUUGAACACUCUUUCUUUCAUCCAACCACUGAGACUUGAGUUGCAUCACUGAGUAAAGCGAAGCUCCCAUCUUGUUCUACCUUCUACCACCACUUCAAUUAUCUCCCCCCCACUGAAACAGUCAAGUGGGGGGGGGACUUGUGGGACUGUAGAUUACAGCGUUUAUAUCGGGAUCAAGACUCUUGGUGCCACAGCCGGAGCCAUGGAGUCCAACCCCGACAGCCCGAGUCGGGCUGUGGAAUACCUCUUGGAGCUCAACAACAUAAUCGAGAACCAGGCCAAACUUCUAGAGACCCAGCGUCGGCGCAUCGAGGAGCUUGAGACCCAACUUGACCGCGUCAACCAGGAGAAUCAGGACCUCCGUCUGGACAGGAAACCUGGCAGCGAGAAUGUCACUCAGAACCAUGACCAUGAGCAGAACUCAAAGCCUGGCCAGCCCUCGUCCUUAGCCAACCACAAUGCCGCCGGAGUCCACCAUAACAGCAGUGGUAACAUGCCCUCGUCUACAGUACCCGGCCCGGCCCGAAGGACUCAUACCAGGCUGACCCGAGGCCUGUCAUGUGGUUCAGCUCCUGUGGAGAAAGAGAGGGGAAGGCUAGAGCAUAACGACAGCAUCGGGACCAACAGCACAUCUACACUACGGAGGCACGUUGAGGUGGAGACUCAGGCCUCACAGUCAAGCCCCUUCUCAGACAGCAGUAACACCCCAUACUCCCACCACUUGGAUCGCUACGGUGACGGCAGCUGUGGUCUACCAGGCUCACGGGGGCCGGUCGUGGCCCCUCCGAGCCCAGCCAGCCUCGCCUGGACCCAGCGGACCCGCAACCAGCCGGCAAGUCUGGCCCUGCGCAAGCAGGAAGAGGAGGAGAACAAGCGUUGCAAAGCCCUGUCAGACAGCUAUGAGCUCUCUACAGACCUCCAGGACAAGAAGGUGGAAAUGCUGGAGAGGAAGUACGGCGGCUACUUCCUGAGUCGGAGAGCGGCACGCACCAUCCAGACGGCCUUCCGUCAGUAUCGCAUGAACAAGAACUUCGAGCGCUUGCGAAGCUCCGCCUCCGAAAGCCGCAUGACGCGCCGCAUCAUCCUGUCCAACAUGCGCAUGCAGUACUCAUUUGACGACCGGCAGCCUCAGACGCAGACCCUCCACAGCCCAGGCAUUGGCCCACCGCACUCCCCAGACCUGGAGCCCGGGUCGCCCGCCCGCCCGGGCGACUACACCCACCUCGAGGACGCCUUCUCGAAACAGGUCAAGUCCCUGGCCGACUCCAUUGAUGACGCGCUGACGUGCCGGCCGGGCAGGGAGGACUCCCAGGAGGGCAUGGGGGAUGGGAGCGGAGUGGUUGACGACUUUGGCGAAUGUAUCUGGAGCAGCAACAGCCACCCUUCCCUCCGCAGGGGCAUGGGCGACCGGGACCGGAGCAGCACAGGGGGUGGCCUGAGCAUGCACGAAGACAGCACGGCUACCUCAUACAGCGACGUCACCCUCUACAUGGACGACGGCCUGCCAUCUUCGCCCCUCUCACUGGACCGAGCCCCAAGCAGCACGGACACCGAGUUCUGGGGGGUGCUGGGAAGUGGGGUUGGGGGUCGAGAGGACAGUCGUGACACCGAGGGGGGAGGGAGCAGCAACAGCCGCCGGAGCACGCCGUGCACGGAGUGCCGCGAUUACCGCCUCAGGGGGGCGCAUUUGCCCCUGCUCACUAUCGAGCCGCCUAGCGACAGCUCGGUGGACAUGAGCGACCGUUCCGACCGGGGUUCCCUCAGCAGGCAGCUGGUGUACGAGCAGGACUCAGCCGGAGGGUCCCCCCAGGGGACACUGAAGCACAACCCCAGCGCCCGCUCCACGUCGUCCGGCGCCGCACAAGGCCAAGCGCGCCCGGCCAUCCGCCAGCUGCCCUCACACAUUCCGCACCACAUCGCACACCAGCACCAGCACCACCAGCACCACCACCACCACCACCACCAGUACCCCGACACGCCAUCGUCCUCGUCCUCUCCCCAGCAACCCCCGGCCACGCCGCUCUCGUCCUCCUCCUCCGCUCCGCUGCCCCCUGGUGGCCUGGAUCAGCAGUGCUGUUCCGAUGGCGACAACGACUCGCUGAACUCCACCACGAACUCUAACGAGACCAUCAACUGCAGCUCGGGCUCCUCGUCCAGGGACAGCCUGAGGGAGCCGCUACCCCCGCUAGGCAAGCAGACGUACCAGAGGGAGAGUCGUCACAGCUGGGACUCGCCCGCCUUCAACAACGACGUGGUGCAGAGGAGGCAGUACCGCAUCGGACUAAACCUCUUCAACAAGAAACCAGAGAAGGGCAUUCAGUACCUGAUUGAGCGCGGCUUCGUGUCGGACACGCCCGUCGGCAUCGCCCGCUUCAUACUGGAAAGGAAGGGCCUGAGUCGACAGAUGAUCGGGGAGUUUCUGGGCAACAGACAGAAGCAAUUUAACAAGGAUGUACUGGACUGCGUAGUGGAUGAGAUGGACUUCUCUGGAAUGGAUCUAGAUGACGCACUGAGGAAGUUUCAGGCCCAGAUCAAAGUGCAAGGAGAAGCCCAAAAAGUGGAACGACUUAUAGAAGCUUUCAGUCAGCGGUACUGUGUAUGUAACCCUGCACUAGUGCGGCAGUUUCAGAACCCAGAUACUAUCUUCAUCCUGGCCUUCGCCAUCAUCCUCCUCAACACGGAUAUGUACAGCCCCAGUGUCAAACCAGACCGGAAGAUGAAGUUGGAUGACUUCAUCAAAAACCUGCGAGGGGUGGAUAAUGGUCAGGACAUCCCCCGCGACCUUCUGGUCGGGAUCUACCAGCGCAUCCAGAAGUGGGAGCUGAGGACCAACGAUGACCAUGUCUCCCAGGUCCAAGCUGUGGAAAGAGUCAUCGUUGGCAAGAAACCAGUCUUGUCCCUUCCCCAUCGCCGGCUGGUGUGCUGCUGCCAGCUCUACGAGGUCCCAGACCCCAACCGGCCCCAGCGGACUGGAGUCCACCAGAGAGAGGUCUUCCUCUUCAACGACCUGCUGGUGGUGACAAAGAUUUUCCAGAAGAAGAAAACCUCCGUGACGUACAGUUUCCGACAGUCCUUCCCUCUAGUGGAGAUGCAGGUUCACAUGUUCCAGAACUCCUACUACCCUCAUGGUAUCAGACUAACGUCGGCCAUCCCGGGUGGUGAGCGCAAGGUCCUGAUCGUGUUCAACGCGCCGAGUCAGCAGGACCGCACGCGCUUUGUCAGCGACCUGAGGGAGAGCAUUGCCGAAGUGCAGGAAAUGGAGAAAUACAGAGUGGAGUCCGAGCUGGAGAAGCAGAAAGGUGUGAUGCGGCCCAGCCUACUGAGCAACAGUGUGGUGGGCGGGGGAGUGGGCGGGGUCAAGAGUGACGUGGUGAAUGGCACCAUGGGAAGACCCAGCCUGGACGACAACUACUCGCCUGGCGAGGGCCUCAAGCGUACCGCUCUCAGCUCAUCACUGAGGGACCUGUCUGAUUCAGGGAAACGCGGUCGCAGAAACAGCGUUGGUUCCCUUGACAGUACAAUGGAAGUAAGUCUGAGUGGAGCAGAGCAGUCCGCGGCCUCACCAGCGCUACCCAGUAGCCACUGUGCUCCCGAGCUGCUAUGGAGCCGAAGACUACCGGCCGCACCGCCCCAUCCUGAGCCCCGGAGUUGUGGGGGUGGGGGGUGGCCCGGGGCAGCAACACACCACGCCUGCGACGCCUGGCACUGGGCCAGCCUCCGCCGGCAGCAGCAGCAGCGAGAGGGGGCCCAGUGGGACGGCGAGUGGGACGAGUACGGCCGGCUCCUUCCUGGGCUCCCUGUUUGGGGGCAAGCGGGCCAAAGCGCCGGGCCCUAUCAUCCCGCCGGGGCCACCCUACCCCGCCCCUGUGCCCCCGCCCAGCAGCGCCGGGCCGCCGCCCCUCUCCCCUACUUCCCUCUCCUCGGCAGAAGCCGGGGACCCUUCCAAGAUCCAGGCCCUCCACGCCCAGUACUGCCACAUGGUCAGCGGCAGUGCGGCUGGGCCGCCUCCGCCCCCAUACUGCCACCCGCACCAGCGCUACCACGUGCAGAGUGCUCCUUCAUGUGGGCAGGCGCACCAGCACCCCACGCUGCAGCGGGUCACGCUGCCGCGCCGGCCUCUCCCCAACCCCUCCGCGCACAGCCCCUACCCGCCGCCGCUCGGCCCGCCUGCUACGCAGGGUCGCUACGGGAGCUCGGGCACCGUGGGCUCGGCGUGCGUGCCACCUCCCCCCCUUUCUCCUCACUCCCAACUAUCCCAGCACCCCCAGUUUGCCCUCUUCCACACACAGCCCUCACACUUGGCCAGAGGGGGCGCUGUCGUCAAGGCCCCGCUGACGCUGUCGCAUUCGCAGCCGCACCCGCACGCACACUCCCACGCGCACCCGCAUGUACCGCACCCCGGCCAUGCGCCACACUUCGUCUUCGCCAGCCCCCCGCCACCGCCCUUCCCGGCGCCCACGCAGCCGCCCACGCAGCCGGCCCAAUCCCAGCUGGCCACCGCGCCGCCCGCCAACGCCCACCACGCGCCGCUGGCCGGCCCGUAUCUGCCCCAGUAUCCUCCGCUGUCCUCCAUCCCCCCUCCCCCCCCCCACUCCCCUUUACCCCCCCCUUCUUGCCCCCUUACCCCUCUUACGCCUCUCUCCCCUCCCCCCCUCCAGCACCCCGCCCCGCCACCGCCGGCCGCACACGCGCCCCAGCCCCUGGGACCCUCGUCGGGGCAGACUGGAGCCGCACCUGGUGCGACCGGUACGGUCGACCGGGCCAAAUCCAAACCUACCAACCGAAUCAGCACGGUAGUGUGAGCAGGGGGACAGGAAAGGUCCGGAGCUGGGGCUCGCUCCGAGGCCCCCUGGUAGUAGGAGGAGGGACUUCAGAAAGAUUGGAAGAUGUGGGAGGCAGCCGAGCCAGGGCAGAGAAUAGCACUGGCGGCAGGAAGAAACGCAACCUACUAAGACUCUGUUACUUCCACCUGCGCUUCCCACAAGUGUAGCGCGAGAUGGAGACAAGUGACAGUACACACAGAAAUGCCCAGCAAACUCACUGACACAAUACACACAUAAAAAAAGAUCAAUCACCCUAGAAUCAAUUACAGUUCACGGAGUACAACAUCCAGCAUGCUCAACGGACACGACUGCCUUUAAUUACAAUGAAUUCCUCUCCUUUAUCUGCUCCAAAUAAUUUAAUUAUAGACAAAAGAUUGGACACAGGUAUUGGACACUAUGGAGCUAGUAAGUAGAAUGCAAAAAGGUAAACAUGCACACACAAGUGCAUGCAGCUCAUGAAUGUGCACAAAGGAUGCACUGCCUAUAGCCAUAAGAGAAUGUAUUCUCAGAGUCCACACAUACACCAGAAAGGUGGCGAGCUUAUGUGAUUCUCUCAAUGUGGAAAUGAACACAAAACCUGUAGAUCAGGGAUAGUAGAGGACUGCCUGAAUAUUCUACUGACCGUACAGUGUACAUUAUCCUAUCUUCGCCAUAGUGUGACAUAAGAAGUGUAAUGUGCUUUAUGCGUUAGCUGAUAGCAGUCGCAAAAAAUGAAAGAAAAAAAAAAGUACGCAAUAAUCAGUCCACUCAUUAUUUGAUGUUCUUCUUACUCAAGAAAAGGAGUAAGUUUAGGUGUUUUUUUCUCUAUAAAUGCUGACUCAUAAGAGAAGUAUGAUUAAAGGUCUUGAGGACUAUGACACCAUAUGCCACUGAUAAACAUUUCAUCAUUUUCAAAUGGAUUGCCAUUUACAAAUAAACUUUUGUAAUUUUAUCCAUAGACAAUUUAAAACUAAAGCAAUUCACACCAUCUAUCUAAUGUUUAAAUUAGAGCAUUUAGAAAGCACCAUUUAAAACAUCCCCCCCAACCGUAAUAUUAGCCAUCCUAAUAUUACAAAUUUCACAUAUAUUCCCAUUGUUUAGGCAGUAAGCUUACACAAACCUGUAUGUUUACCAUUCAAAAGAACACUAAAGGGCUUGAUUUUUAGUGUUUUGACCUGAUGGUAGUUUAACUAUAUUAAACAGGUCUAUGUGAAAAUAUGACCAAACAGAUGAAGCCAAUAAGUAAAUUGUGUUAAUUUCCCUUUUGUCAAUGAAAGGUUUCAUGUAUAUAUAGAUUUUUCACUUUCAUCUACAUAGUGUUAAAUUAUAGAACAGCCCAUUAAUUCUGCAAAUCUUUGCAUUUUUUGUUUUAUUUUAGUAAACAUACAAGUUUAUCUCCACUACCUGCUGUCAAGUGUCAUUACUAAUAAUUAUGAUCAUAAUAAUUUCAAAAGAUUACUAAUGAAAAACUUUAGUUUACCCAAGAUAUUUUGCACACAACAUGGGCAAUAAAUCCUAAAAAAAGACUAAAAAAAACUUAAAUUCAAUUUAGCAGCUAUGAAAGAGCUAAAUUGGAAUUUAGGUCCAAUGACAAUUAAGUGUCUUUACACUUUUAAUUCUUUAUUAUUAAUGAAAAAGAGAAUUGCUGAUUACAUAGCCAGUGGCUAAAGUUACCUAAAGGUGUGUUUCUAUGAAUGGAUCUCAAAUAGCAAUUCAAGUGUAUUUUUAACAGGCCUUUAAAUUUCAUUUGAAGUCUGUAGGGUUCUUCAUUUACUGACUGCAAUGCUAUGUCUGUAGAAAUGGUCCAUUAAAUUGAUCCAAUCCAGGAACUUCUGAGGACUAAUCUUAGUCCUGGGAAGUAACAAUUUCAGGAGAGGCUUUUUCUUUUGGAAUUUGUGUAUUUGAAAUGCCUUUGUGUGAUAUUGCUAAUCAGAUGCAUUGGACAGUGUUGCAUUGAUGGUAUCCGUCAUAUAUAGCAGGUUGUUUUUUUUAUGUUUACAUAUAAAUGUUUAUUAUUAUUAUUAAUUUCAUACAGACUAUAUAAAUGCAGCAAAGUAAUAUAGAUAUAAACUGUAUAUAAAUUCUGUCCUGGUGGACAUCAGAUCAUGGAGGAGAAAAUUUGAAAUGUGACAUGACAUGAAUUUAAUGUUGGUGGUUUUUAUGGACAGUCACACUUGUCAUUCCAAGUGUUACUGGAUGUUGCAGACUUUGUACCAGUAUUUAUUCAGCCAUUUUUAAGAUGAGUCGUGGUCCUGUUAUAAGGUUUUGGUUCACUUUUUAACAUGAGGCAAGGCAGUUUAAACUAUGAAGCAUAAUUCCAUGUUUAUUGAAAACCAUCUUCCUUCCUUUUUAAUAAAAACACAAGGAAUGUAGUGUAUAGAUUUUUACCAAGAUUACACAGUACCUUCAAGUCAUCAUCAGCGAGUUGCUUAUUGAUGCUUAAAUUUUUUUUUUAAAGCCUCCAUUUGAAUAGUUGUAUUAAUAUGUUGUAAGCACAUAGGGUAUGAGGCACAUUUCUGCAAGCAGGUAACUCAUGAACUAGGUACACAUAUUACUGAAAAGCUUUAUACAGAUGGAGCUUUAUACAAAUGGAGCUUUAUACAAAGGAUCAUUUUUCUCCAACUGCAUAGCCUUCCCCUCCCCUACCCACUCUAUUGGAUGUUAUUGCAUGACUGCAGUAGCUACAGAAUGAAGAGUGUUCUAUAAACAUAAUAUUAUAUGAUUUAAUAUUGAUCAUGAAACAAACAAAACUAUUGUUUGUGUAUGUGUGAAUGUAACGCGUGUGUGAGAGUACAACACUUAAUGUAGGUGUAUAUUGGAUAUUUAUUUUGUAAACCUAUAGAAACAUAUAUGUCACAAUGGCGCUGAAUGUUAUUUUAGAAAUCUAUGACGUAUAAAGUCAUCUAAUUUGUGUACAGACAAUGUGCAACUGAAUACAGAGAGAUGUUAAUAUUUAUUGCUUCGAAACUAAUAUAAAGUGUCCUUGCAGUGGA